CAGAUCAUCUAUAUUAAUAAUCACAAUGUUAUCUUCGUUUGUGCAUGAUAUCCCAAAUUAUACACUUCUUAAUUUUUGUUCCUUGUAUGAUAAUUCCAUUGGAACAUUACCACCCUCGUGUCUCUCUUUUGGGUCAUUCGUACGUCAUUAAGGACAAGGACACAAUACGGAAAUUGACCUUGAUGACCUUUAUAGUCACAUGAUUUUAACGCGUAUGUGUGCUUUAAUUUUGGAGAACAUAAAUUUGACUUUUAGCUUCGUUAUUGUGUUUUUGUCUCGGUAAGAAUAUGUUAAAGGACAAAACUAAAGUAGUGUUUUCCAACACUACCUCGUUUUUUGACCAAGUAGCGUGUGAUGUGUGUGUCAGUGUAGCUGAGAAGCAGCCUCAGUACACCAAGGGCGGCUCUCCUUCACUCUAUGGAGGCCCCGGUAGCCUGAGCUUUGUCCUCUUCUUGCUCCUUUAUUUGUCCUUCAUGCCCGUACAGAGCACAGCAAAGUGCAGCGUGUGCGCAGCAGGAUCUGGUGAGAAGAUUGAAAAUAUCUUUGGGCUAACCAGGGACGGUGGCUACGCACAGCUUGGGAUAUGGCAUCAAAUUCCGUGUCCAACGUUUCGGCGUGGUGAGAAAUUAGACGGCGUCGUUUGGUACAAAGGAUAUGUCGUAGGUGACCCGUCGACGGUUCGUCUAAUCAGUCACUCCGGCAGUGGUAACUACCCUAUCAGCGACAGAUACGCCUUCUCUGCUGAUUUCAGCCUCCUUAUAAAAGGCAUCGAAGGGAGUGACGAAGGCCAUUUCUUGUGUCAAGUUAUCCCCAAAGAAACCGGAUUUAGGGCUCAAGGAAUAAACUUGCAAGUUCUUGACAUGUCAUUUCCUGCAAGUCCAAAUGACACUUCAGGCUCCACCACUCUUCACAGAGGACGCAGGCAGACGCUACCAUGUCAGUGCAUGUCACAGUCACCCGACGCACCAUCCGUAGUGUAUUGGUCAAUGGGAGAGGGCAUCACUACAGAUACAGAGAUCAUUGGUGCACGUUUCUCUGAUGGCGUCACCCUGCAAAUCCAACAUGGCGCUGAUUACAGCAUUGAUAGCGACGCUUCGCUUACAGUCAACUCCCUGAAUGUUGUACAUGAUAACCAGCGAUUCUGGUGUCAUGUAUUUCAGUCAGAUGGGACGCUUAGAAAUUGCUACAUAGAUAGCCAGUUUAAAGACCAGCAACAGCCAAAAGUUGGCCUUUUGAAGGCAUCUGAAUUAUCUUUCUACCUGCAAGAAGGCAGAGAGCAGGUACUCCCCUGCCAUGGCUGGUCGACAGGUGACACGUUUUGUGAGGCCAAGUGGCUUAAGCUCGACCCCGCAGAUCAACAAGUUGUCGUCAGUUACAACCUGUCGACCGGUGCUGUAGAUUCCUAUUUUGGAUUCAAUCUUGCCACUGACUUUGGUUUGGUGAUUAGAUCAGCGCACGACGAACACGCAGGAUUGUACCAGUGUGGAGUUGGAAAUGACACCAUCGAAGUCCAAGUGAUAGGAAACCUUUUCCCAUUGGAUGGUGGCCGCACUAUUUCCCGUGAAAGUGUGACCGCUGAGCUGGGUGAAGAUUUUAAACAUCGGUGCCCUGCUGUACUGCACAUCUCCGAAGGGACCAACGCCACUUUGUUCUGGUCAUUUGGCUUGCGCACUACGCAGAAGGCCACUGUGAUUGGUACACUGACCCUACCCGGGCGUUCAAAGACGAUGUCUGACGGUGCGGAAUCCGUAGGCUCCUUCAGCAUAUCCCCAGAGGGAUUCCUUCAAGUGGGCAAUUAUAGCAUAUACGGUGACAUGAGAUACUGGUGUCAUAUUUUCACAGAGGAGGGGCUUUUACUUCGGUCCUAUGUGGACGUGAAAAGUUAUUUGGCGGAAAGUGAGCAGCUAUUGACUUCUAAUAGCAUUUGGGCGUCAACUAUAGUGCCGACCCCUGUGAGCUGUCCAUGUGAGCCGUUCAUCACUGAGGCCGCCUUUGCCAUCAUCGUCGUCUGUAUCAUUGUUUGUUUCUUGCUGCUUCUUGCCGCUGUGGUUGUCAGGGAGCGAAGACAGCAUCACGGCUACACCCCUGCUCCGUCUGGGACCACUCCUCCUAUUAACCUUGCCCCUGUUACGUCAUAGCGGUAGGUUUUUAAACCAAUUAAUCGCCAGGAAACUGUUCAGUUGUCUGUGUCAAAAUGGAAGCAGUAGGAAAGUUGUAAAAUAAUGAUAGUAAUAAACAGAGCCCCUAAUCAAAUAAGAACAGUGGCAAAAAAGAAGAAAAGGCCCCCCCCCCAAAAAAAGUUUGCAGCUAUUAUCACAAGUGUUGACAAUUUUUAGUUGUGCAUGGACAAUUACAUAGACUUUACUUGAAAACAGUUGACGUGUCAUUUGGUACUGGUUUCACUUUGGAGGUCCUUCAGGGUUUAAGGUUGUUUGCUUCUUUUUAUUUACUUGUUGCUCGUCAUAACUAAAAAAGUUGUAAUCAAACAAAUCGAUAAAGUAUUUUAAUCGGAUAUAUUGCCCUUGUUUACAACAAAAUUGUUUUGAACACAACGUCCGAUUGUGGGAUGGUCAGUAUGAUAAAAUGUGUGCUACAAACUUAGUAUUGAUUAAACAGUCCGGGUGUACCAGCUAUUGCUUAUGAGCAGCUUCUUCCAACUUUGAAAUCCUAAUUUUAGUUACAGGUUUUGCCCUUACCCGACGUAUACAUUUCUAAACACUUGUGUGCUCAGUGCUUGUCUGAAAGCUUGUGCGAAAAAACUAACUAUUGAAACCAUUAAAACCAAAACGAUUUGUCAGCUCUUAUGAAUUCUAGUGCGCAACAAUCUCCAUUCAUGCGCAGACAUUAGAAACUCUUGGUUAGAAAACAAUGGCCUUCUUUUUGCUUUCCUUUUCUCUAUGAUUAGUAUCCUUUUCAUUGCCAGGGAUAUUUUAACCACAUUUCUUUAGUUCAGUCAAAGGCUUCUGAAACUGUUUCAUUUGGAUGACUUUAUUCUCAAUAUUCACCGAUUAUUUGACAAAUACUGGAUCAAAAAUAUAUAGUUUUUGAAGGAUAGUAUUUGUCAAACCAUUUCUGUGACUUCUUUUAACUAGUACCAUACUUUUCCUUUGCAGUAAACACUACUAUUGACUUUAAACACCCAGGGAUUGUCCGUGCAGCAUUAAAUUGUGCUAAGGAAUGCAUUUGCGGUAGACGUUUAUUUAAACCUCUGAACAGGUGUGCUAAGGAAUGUAUUUGCGGUAGACGUUUAUUUAAACCUCUGAACAGGUGUUUGAAAUGUACCUCUUCUAUUUUAGCUUAAUUAUAAACAGGAAUUUAUGUUUUUCCCAUCUUCUUGCCCAUUAUCAUUGAAUUUCAAAGUUAAAAUGAAAAGGAACAAGGGAAACUAGGUACAUUAAGAUAUGUUCAUUUCAACUUCAUUCUAUAUUUUUGUACAUUUCUAAUGAGUAAAUGUUUUAAAUUUCCAUGUUCCAUUUUUGACUCAUUACAAACUUUAUGGUUUCUCACAACUUCUUGCCAUUAUCAUCAGGUGUCUGAAAUUCAUCUCUUCUGUUUUUGACUCAUUAUAUACGUGAAUUGUAGGGUUUUCCAAACUUGUCCAUUACCAUUGAAUUUCAAAAUUAAAAUGAAAAGGAACAAGGAUAACUAGGUACAUUAAGAUAUGUUCAUUUCAACUCCAUUCUUUACAUUUGUACAUUUCUAAUGAGUAUUUCAAGAUGGCAACAAAUGGACAACUUUCGAAAAUGUUCAAAAUAGUUUUCCUGCAAUUAUCCACAUCAAAUGUUUAUGCAGUUUUUUGUAAGACACAAAUUGUUUAACAUGCCUUAAAGGCAGCUUUGUUUUUUUCAAACUGUGGUCGGUGUUAGACACAAUCAAACUUGAAAUCAACAGAAAUUAUACAGAAAUAUGCUACUUAGAUGUGCAAUUUUAUACUUCCAUUUUGGCACCCAUGGGGGACUUUUCUGUGUAUUUAACCUCUCAAGGCUUUUCUAAUGCAUGCUUGUAAAAUAAUAAUCGUAGCGUUUUCA